AGUUUUAUUUUUGGGAGUGUUUUAUUUAUAUGUUGUAUUUAUUUAGGGUAACCAGGCAAUGAUCAUGGCAUUGGAAGUUUGGAUCACUUAUGCUCUGCUGAUUUUUGCGUGCAUUUGUCUUAGCUGGCUAGCAACGACCUGCAUGCACUUUUCCAUGUUUCUCUUUCUUUUUGCUAUUGUUGGUCAUGGGCUUCUGAAUGUAUUUUUUUUUUUUGGCUCCUGAACUGCUCAUGUAAGAUGUGUGCUUAGUUCAACUUUUGGCUUUUCAUUAAUAUUUUCUUCUCCGUGUAUUUUCUGUUUGGAUUGAUUGGUAAUUCUUCUAUUUGUUGGAGAAAUAUUUUUUUUUGUAUUGGAUUAAUUGAAAAUGAAAAAAGAAGAAGUUCUUGUGAGGAGAGUCUUUCCUCUCCAGUGAUAGUUUGAGUAUCCUUUUUUUUUUAACAUGUGGGAGUCCCUUUCAGUACUGUUCUAUUCUGGACAUGGAUGUCUUAUUUGCCACUGCUGUUUUUCUUUCUUGCAGAGAUCCCAGAAAACGAGUAUAUCAAGUAUUUUUCUCCCGACUUCUCUUUGAGAAUUCCAAACGGACAUAUAGAGAACCUAAAUAGUAAAUCGUAUAUUAGCACGAUUAAAAUGCAAGUCUUGGAAAAUCUCCGUUGCAUCCAACAUGCUCCUAAUGUACAAAUGCAAGAGGUUCCACCUGACUUUUAUAUUCCCGAUUUUGAUGAAGAUGCACAGAACCCUGAUGAACGCGUGGAUCAGCACACCCAAGACAAGCACAUUCAGCGUGAUGAUGAAUAUUACGAAGGAGACAAUGAUAAUGAUCACAACAUGGAUGAUGUGUAAAAUUGGCAUGAACGCCGUUUAUUCUUUUGGACAUA